GUUUCCAGGAUCAGUUUUGUUGCGGAGUUGAGAAGCAGCUUACAGCCCGGGCCAUGGUAAACCUUGGGCUUUGCCGACAGCCGUUGGCCCAAGGGCCUGUCAAUGUAGUCGGCAAUGCGGGGCUUGGCCGUGCUCCUGGCUUGGCAGGUCCAUGCAGAAGUCCUCUCGGCGAGCCCCUUGGGCCAGGCCCUUGACCUGCUCAACAGCCUGAAGUCCACAGUGGAAGCAGAUGCCGUGAAGCAGCAAGAGGCAUAUCAGAAGUACAAGGCCUGGUGCGAGACGGAGACUGCCGAACUGCUGAGAGAGGUGGAAACCCAAAAGAAGGAGGCAGACAAGGUGGCCGCAGAGAUCUACGAGGCAGAGGCCUCCCUGAACUCGGCCACGGCCUCCGCUGAGAAGCUCGCCUCCCAGGUGGCACGCUCAGAGUCCAAGAUGCAGAGCGCUCAGUCCCUGCGGGAUGAGGAGAAGAAGGACUUCAAAGCCUCGGAGGUGUCGCUGCUGGACACCAUCGGCACACUGGACAAAGCUGGGGAGGCGAUUUCGGGCCAAGCACUUCAGAAGGGCCUGGCCUUGCAGCAGCUGCCAUCGGAGGAGGUGAAUAGAGUCUCGGAUAUGCUUGUGGGCCUUGCGGCUGUGGUAGACUCCGGCCGCGCGCUAGCCCUUCUCCAGGGCCUGGGCGACGGGUCAGACGCUGCGCCGGAUGCGCAAACCCAAGAGCUCACAGACCUUCUCAAGCAGAUGCAAGAUGAGGCGGAAAGGAGCUUGGCAGAGCUACGACAGAAGGAGGACAAAGCCGUGAAGUCCUACGAACUGCUGACAGCAUCGCUGCGGCGGCAGCUGGCGGAGGACAACCAGAGCUUGGAGAGCGCCAAGGCGAGCCAAGGUGCCGCCACCACGGCCAAGGCGAAGCUCCAGGGGGACAGGACAGGUGCAGCCAGCGGCUCUGACACAGUGCAAAACACCCUGAAAGUCACCCAAGACGCAUGCAUGCAGGCUGCAGCAGAUGAAGAAGCCUCUGAGCAAGGCAGAAGGAGAGAGGUUCAGGUGCUUGCCGAGGCCGCGCGCGUGCUCAAAGAUACUGCAGAGGGCAGCCUAUCCUUCUUGCAAUUCUCGAGCUCCAGCCGUUCCGGGGCGGGCCAAAGGCAGCUGGCACAUUCCGCUUUCACUUCCCUGGAUUCCUUAGAUGAGGAUGCCAACAGCCAGGAGGAGGCCGCGGAAGCGGACAGCGGCCGCGUGGUGCUUGGGCUGCUGAAGCGCUUGGCCAAGCAGAGCCCGGUGCUGGCGCAGCUAGCAGGAAGGGUCUCCUCCGCAUUCAGAGCUGGGGGCCAUCCCUUGGACUCUGUGCGGAAGAUGGUGCAGGGCCUUAUCCUCAAGAUGCAGGAGCAGAUGACUGCAGACGCACAGGAGGAGGCGUACUGCAAGACGGAGAAGUCUAGGUCUGAAGCCCGCCUACAGUCCCUCCAAAACACGGUGCAGACAUCUCAGAGCGAGAUCGACCUCGCUAGUUCCUCUGCUGCAGUGCUCCGGGCGGAGAUCGAGAAUCAGCAGGAGGAGUUGGGCACCUUGGCCAAGGAACAGGCGGAAAUGACCAGUUCUUUGGAGAAGAUGAAGCAAGACUUUGAGCUGUCCAAGUCCGACCUGCAGAAAGGCCUCCAGGGCAUCCGGGCAGCCAUGGACCAACUGCAGACGUACUAUGGAUCUCAGCCUUCCCUGCUGCAGAGCUCCAAAGGUGCUGCGCGCACUGCGCUCAACCAGGUCGAUGCUAACCCUCCACGCUCAAAGGAAGUGGCAUUGAUGGCGGCCUCUGUGGGCAUGGAUGCCUCUGAGGCGGAAAGCGUCAGCGUGGAACAUGAGGCCACAGAGGAGUCCCUCAGCUCCCGGACCUUCGCGGCGGUGGCUGCCCUGGAGGCAGCACCUGUGCCUCCUCCACAACAGCACGUGGCUAGCAUCGGUGCAGGCACAAACAUCAUCCAGGUGCUGCAGAUCUGCGAGUCGCGGUUCGCGGACAACCUGGCGCAGCUGGAGACGCAGGCGGGGGACCAGCAGAUGCAGCAGGCAGAGCUGAUGAAGCAGAAUGAGAUCCUUCAGAAGCAGAAGGAGAUGGAAGUGGGCCGCAAAACCAAGGAAGCCAAGUCAGCGGAGUCCGAGGCCAAUGCCAGAUGUUCAGCCGAAGGUGCUCUCCAUUGUCAAGGAUCCUUCACUUCACUGCAGCGUGCUUCUCCCUAGGAACACAAUUCCGUUUGAUUGCGCGUCGCCUCAAAUCUGACCUCGAGGCGGCCGAGAACGAGCUGCAGCCGCUCCAAGAGUACUACGAACAGAUCAAGCAGCGUUGCGAGAAGAAGAUCACCCGCGAGGACAUGAUGCGACAGAAGGAGCAGGAGAUUGAAGGCCUCAAGGAAGCGCUGGCGGUGCUAGAGGGUCAGGCAAGCUUGGUGCAGUUGAAAGUGGGCCGCGGGGCAUCCUUCCUGCAGCGACGGGAUGAGUGAGUUGUUGUAUGUUAUGGUUUGUGUCUUGAGCAAGCCUUGCGAGCGCGUUGCUUCAGGA